CUCGACGAUACACUGCUGCAGUUCUGCGGUCGAUUUCGGACACAGGAACAGUGUGUCCGCUUCGUCGGCUACCUUGCCGUCUACCGGUUCUGCAUCCCGUUGGCCAUUUUCCAUUUUCUUUUGAUGCUACUUUUGAUUCGCAAUACUGACAGCCAGUCUUGGCGAGGCAAGAUCCAUAACGGUUUUUGGUUUUGGAAAUGCCUCUUCAUUGUCGCCUUGUGGGUCAUGUCGAUCUUCUUUCCCUCCUUGGACAAGGCGACUGUUGCCUGGAUGCUGAUGGCUGUGCUGGGAGGUAUUGCAUUUAUCUACGUGCAAAAUGUUUUCCUCAUUGACUACGCGUACGAGUUUAACGGAACCUGGUUUCGGCAGAGCAGUUCUAAGCCCAUUUAUAAAACACUGAUAUUCGGCACCACAGUAUUGCUCUACGUCGGCUCUUUCGCGGCCUACUUUGUCCUGUGGAUGAUUUGGGGCUUGCAGAACAAGUGCAUACUCAACGCCAUGAUCGUCUAUGUGAACGUCUGCAUCACCGCCCUACUCUUGAUACUUUCAUUACUGCACCCACGAAUUGAGAUGUCGUCAAUUUGGGUGAAGCAAAUUCCAACACUGGCUGGCACCCACUGGUCUCAGCACAUGGCCAAGCGUAGCAAGUUCAAGAUACGCGAUCAAAAACUGUGGCUUCCCGGGGCCGUCACCGCCGCCUUCGCCACCUACCUCACCUGGUCUGCUGUUCUCAGCCAACCGAAAACUGUAGUCCUCGGUGUGUCCGUGGAGUACCAGGCGAUCCGGUUCUUCAGCUUCAACUCCCCGCGAGAUCAGGCGCUCUCGCGCGACCUCGCGCUCAACCGCUCCGGCAGGCUGACGGCCAACGCCUGUCUGCCCUCCUUCGUCCGCGUCGCCACGGCCCUCGACCACCUCUCCGACUUGGCUGCAGCUCUGGGCAUCAUCUUCGUCGUUGGAGGCUCAAUUGUCUCGAGCAUGCGCGCGACUCUUCAGGCCAAGCGUUUGGGGAUUAGAACACGACGACAGAAAAUAAAGGAAAUCAUUCGGAGGUUGGUCUCAGAGGCGCAAGCAGAGGAGGAGAAGAAAGAGGGCGAUGAAAAUCGACGUUGCGUGGAUGCCAAAACAGCCGAACAGUCGUCUACCCGACCACCAGUGUCUUGCACGUGCUUCGGCACAGAACGACGCACACGAAGACGGCGUAUGGUUUUGGAAAUGUUGAAAGAAGUGGUCGAAUCAACCAGCCCCGACUCAACAUCCGCGUCGUUCAGCGCCAGCCCCUCAGGUGUGGACCCACCCGGCAACACUCGUAGGCCGGCGAUGCCCGCGAAUGUGUCUCUUCGCAGGCAACUACUCAGUAAACGUCUCGGCAUUAACUCCGAGGUGCUGGGAUCGUCUUCCUCGGCUCCUGAUCUGUGUGCGGCUCAGACGCAGGCCUCAUCGCCACGGAAGGCCAUUGAAGUUCUUGUUAUGGGUUGAAGUGCCACCUAUCCUCUGUGUUGCAUUUUAGGUGAAAUCAAACCAGCCCCUGCAAAAGGUCCUACACGAGCACCUCUUGUAAAAAACUCUCCCGAUCACCGCCGGAAGCGUGUCUUUUCGGACUCCGAGAGGGAACGUCCCACCAGCACUUACGAGGUGCCGUCUUUCCCACUACCAAAAGACCUCAAAGAUGCCAUGUCUGUAGAUGACAUUCGUCUGGAAAAGGCGCGCUUCGUCACCGAGUACCUCUCAGGGACGGAAGGCAGGCAUUUGCUGCAUCAGAACAGAGAUAUGGCUGGAUCAGUCUUGUCAUUUGUGGAUGUCUUGCUUCCUCGACGUGCACCAAGAGACAAGUUCACAAUCUACAACGAAGCGGUGCUUACCGUCUAUUCCUACGCGUGGUUUCACUUUACCUUUUGCCUCGCAUCGCUUUACAUGAUGGCUCAGCUAACGAACUGGUACAAUCCUGAGCUCUCCAGCCUCCAAACGGUCAUGGAGUCCUGGGCAAAUAUGUGGAUGAAACUAUUUUCUGCCUGGUUGGCUCUUUUGCUCUACCUCUGGACUUUGUGUUUUAUGCGUUUCUGUUUCAGUAGAAGCCUUAUUCAGACACCGCUUAAUCCCGCGACACAUUGGGUCGCUAAAGAAGGAAAAAAUAAAAAAACGAAAACCGAGAAGCGGACAAAGGAAGUGUAA